AAGAGGGUUCAUUAGAAGAUGGCUUCCAGUUCCAGUUCUAGUUUUGAUGUCCUUGAAUCAGCAAUCAAUGAGCUUGAUCAGCAGUUGAGAAGUAACGUUUUGCAAAUUUCAGGCUGGUUUUCCCUUCUGAAUAAUCAUCUACACGACCUGCACUUUUUCGCAUAUCUGAGAACCAUCUUGAUUUGCAUUCACAAGUCAAGUGAUACGGAUGAAGUUGCGAAAAUUUUAGGAUCCCUCCCGGUGAAAGUUGAAGCUGCAUUUCAGGAGAUUGCGGGGGAUCUCAACGUUGCGUCUCAGAAGAAGUACAUCCCAGAAUGUCCUUCGAAACUACACGAUGUUUUGCAUCAGUCAAGAGUAAAAGUGAAGCUUUUCAAGCAUCAAAUUGAAGAAGCUCUUGGCCAUCUGUCUGGCUGCUCCCUUGUGUUGCAUUCUGCCUCUCUUGAUUAUGCUCUUUGGUUUAAUUUCAUCUUUUCUAUAGAAGGGAUGCUGCACGAAAUCAGCAGUGUUACUGAUUCUAUUGAAGAACAGAAAACAAUCGGUCUUUUGAAACGUGACAUGAAGCAUCUCCAACACUUCUUGCAUGGAGUACUGGAUUUUGAGUAUGGCUUCCCUAGCGAUCCAAAGGUUAACAGUUUCUUGACUCAUCUCACAUCUGUAGCUGUUUGCAUUGCAAAUUGGUCUCUGCAAUACUGGAUCAUAAAGCGGGACUCAAUCGAAAAAAAGUCUUCAAUAGUUCAGCUUCAGGAUUUGCUAAGGAGGAUUUAUCCUACUACCCCAGAAGUUCUAGAAUUGAACCUCAAUUUCCUCAGAGCUCUCAACAAAAUUUGCAAUGGACCAGAUGAAUAUUUUGCAGAAUCCUUUCUCUUUUUUCUUUUGGCAAUAAGAGAUCCCUAUCUUGGCAAUCUCUUUGUUGAGGAAAGGAGAGAUGACAUUCUCAUGGAGCUAAGUUCCAAAUCAAACCAGCAGUACAAUAUUUUCAUAGGAUUACGGUCCUUGAUAAUCUAUUGCAUCAGCACCAAUGAGCCAGAAGAACACAAUGAGGAUGUGCAAAUAAUCUUGUAUGAAAUCAAAGCGCUCCUCAUAGAGGCAGGGCUUUUCUUUCCAUCUGAAAGUGACCAUCCAUCUUCAGAGUGGCAGGAAAAAAUUUGCCUUCUCCAGUCAGAGAUAUUCCUCAAGCAGCAACUAAAAGGAAGCACAAUCUUUGUUGAGGGUCAAUUUGAAGACCUUAAAGAAGUUCUGACUAACCUGAAUUAUCAGAGCUCUGCACUCAUUGUAGAAGUUUACAGAGAGAUAUCAUCUCUUUAUCAAUCUGUUCGGCAAAAUGGCACUACAGAAGCCAAGGCAAGGAUUUCUCUUUUUACUUUGCUUUCAAGGAUUCUACUUUUCAAGGUAAAUUCAUCUUGUAUGGAGUUACUGAAAGAUAAUGAAUGCUCUACUUUUCUUAAAAAAGAUCAUAUUCAAACCCUUCUUGAGGGGUUAAAAUGGUUUGCAACAUGUGUCACAAAUGAUCAACUGGACAAUCCAGAGAAUGUGGAGCUCAUCCUCACAGGCAUUGAAGCAGUUUCUACAAGAGUAAGAUGCCUCCAUCACACAUUUCUUCGUGACAGAAUCACAGAAGAGAUGAUCAAUAAAACUAUCCUUUCAUUUUCUGAAUUGCUAGAUAAUUUGAUGCUUAUCAAGCCAGAGCUUAGGAAGGUCCAUCCCCAAAUUCAAAGGUCUAAUUUCCCUAAGAUUUGUGGAAUGGGGUUUAUCGAUGAUCUCAUAGGAAGCACACAGGAGCUGCUCAAACAUGACCCUGAUUCAAUUGCCCUUGUGAAGCAUCAGAUUGAAGAGAUUCACUCUGGCCUAACAUUUUUGAGAUCUUUCUUCAUGGAUAUUACAGAGCCAUCUGAGGGGCAUGAUGCACUGAAAGAUCUUGGUACAAGCAUAACAGAUGUGGCAUGUGAGGUGGAAUAUGUCAUAGAUUUCAUUGAGGUAGGAACUGGUAUUAAUUGGAAACAUGUGCUAUGGCUUUAUGAUCUGCUUGAAGAGAUUAGGCUUAUUAAGAUGAUGGUCACCAAUUCUUACGAGAAAUUAACUUGUUAUGCCAUGACACAAAGUGCCAAUCAGAUUUCAAGGCAAAUUGUAUCACAGUUUGGUAUGACAGAAAUAAAUGAAGAGGUGGUAGUCCUGAAUGAUCAAGCAGAAAAUGUAAUAGUUCGACUGAUGAGAGGAACCUUACAGCGAGAUGUUGUCUCUAUUGUUGGCAUGCCAGGAAUUGGCAAGACAACAUUGGCCAAGAAAGUUUACAAUGAUCCUAAUGUUGCAUAUCACUUCCAUAUCCGUGCCUGGUGCUCUGUUUCGCAAGGAUACCAAAAAAGGAACGUACUACUUGACAUUCUAGGCAACAUCAGCAUCAGUGGGCUUAUGGAUAACAUGCAUCAUAUGAGGAUUGAGGAUUUAGAAGUAAAGUUGUAUCAGCACUUGAAGCAAAAAAGAUACCUGAUAGUCAUGGAUGAUGUGUGGGGCACUGAGUCAUGGAGUGAUUUGCAAAGUUCACUACCAAAUGAUGGAAAUGGCAGUAGGAUCUUGAUAACAAGUCGUCUACAUGAUGUGGCCUUAAAAGUUAAACCUGAUAGUGAUCCUCUUUGUCUUCGUCUACUUUCUGAAGAUGAAAGUUGGAAGUUGUUACGGAUGAAGAUACUUCAUGGAGGCUGCAGCGAGGAACUGCAAGAAGUUGGCAAGAAAAUUGCUAAGAGGUGUGAAGGUCUACCCCUUGCAAUUGUGGCCGUAGCUGGUCUUCUGGCAAGGACAGAAAAGAACCAAGAUCGGUGGGAAAGAAUUGCAGAAAGCUUAAGCUCAAAGAUCAAUGAUGAUCCACAAAGUCGGUGCAAGGACAUCUUACAGCUAAGCUACAAUCACUUACCAGAUAGAUUGAAAGCGUGUUUUCUGUACAUGGGAGCUUUUGUGAUAGACAAAGAUAUUCCAGUAAGGAAGUUGACAAGGCUAUGGAUUGCCGAAGGUUUCAUACAGGGUACUAAGAGCUUGGAAGAUAUUGCAGAAGCGUACUUGAUGGAUCUCAUUGGCCGAAACCUGGUAAUGCUUUCCAAAAGAAGAUCCAUGGGAGGGGUCAAAACAUGUCGUGUUCAUGAUAUUCUACACGACUUCUGCUUGGCAAAAGCAACUGAAGAGAACUUUCUACAAUUAAUUGCCAGAAAGCAUUUUGUGAAGUCGAGACCUUCCAGCUCGUGUGCCCGUUCUCUAAUACUCUUUCCUACCUGUGAUACAUACCCAAGACAUCCCUAUGAUAUCUCAUUCAUUGCUCUCCAUUUCAAACUUCUUAGGGUGUUGGAUUUGGAAAACAUUAAUAUGGGUGUUUGCUUUCCCACCGGAAUAGAGUUACUAAUUCAAUUGACAUAUCUUGCUGUUAGUGGUGAUAUUGACUCUGUACCACAAUCCAUUGCAGACCUCUGGAAACUAGAAACCCUUAUUGUGAAGGGAUUGAAAGAUGAGAAGAUCAUACUGCCUGAUACUAUCUGGUGCAUGGUAAAGUUAAGGCAUGUUGUUGUAAACAAUCAUGUUAUUUUCAUCUCCCAAGAUGACAAGCUUGGAGUUUCCUCUCAGUUAGAUAACUUGGUCACAUUUUCCACUCUAUCCUUUUCUUCUGGGAAAGAUACAGGGAUGAUCCUACAAAGGCUACCAAAUCUCCGCAAAUUGGGAUGCAUUUUUAUGGAAUCCCGGGAUUCUUUAAGCGUGAAGUUUCCAGAAUUGGACACUCUAACGCGGCUGGAGUCAUUGAAAAUGGUGUACAUUGGUAGACCUCUAACUUCGAUUGAAUUUAAUCUCCCUUUAAAUCUUAAAAAACUGACUCUCUCAAAUUUUCGCCUACCAUGGGAUCACAUUUCUGCCAUUGGGAAGAGGUUACAGAAUCUUGAGGUUCUCAAAUUGCUUUCUAGAGCCUUUGAGGGGCAGACUUGGGAUAUGAGGGAAGGGGAGUUCAUCAAACUCAAAUACUUAAUGUUAGACACUCUGAGUAUUGCCCAGUGGAAUGCCACCAGUGAUCACCUUCCCAACCUUGAGCAACUGGUGCUCAGAAACUGUAAGAAGCUUGAGGAAGUCCCUUUUUCUCUGGGAGAGAUCACGACGCUGCAAAUGAUUGAAGUGCAAUCAUGUAAGAAAUCUACUGAGGAAUCUGCAAUAAGAAUUGGAAAAGAAGGAUGGAUUGAGGGGCUCAAGAUUAUUGUCAAUCAAAGCAUUCAUGUUUGAGAUCAUCAUAAUGGUUGAUCAUCCUUUGUUUUAACCAACUGCUGGCAAUGUGAGUAUACUAUCAGUUUCUUCUACAACAGACUCAUUUUUAUUGAAUACACAAAUCUUUCCUUUUGUUUGUAUGCAGCACUCUUCAACAGGCUACUCUGUAUAGAAGAAAACUUCUUUUGUUUCAUUUCUCUUUGAAGAAGGUACAAUGUAAUUUUGUGAUGAAUAAAUGUAGAUUAUCAAUGCGAAUUCAGCGUCAAAGCAAA